AUGGAUGUGGACGAGGACGAAGUGCCAUCGAGCAGCAACCAGGGCGAGAAGAAGCGCUUUGAGGUGAAGAAAUGGGACGCCGUGGCUUUGUGGGCUUGGGACAUCGUGGUGGACAACUGCGCCAUUUGUCGCAACCACAUCAUGGAUUUGUGCAUCGAGUGCCAGGCAAACCAAUCCUCUGCCACCAGCGAGGAGUGCACCAUCGCCUGGGGCGUCUGUAACCACGCCUUCCACUUCCACUGCAUCUCCCGCUGGCUGAAGACCCGUCAAGUCUGCCCCCUGGACAACCGCGAAUGGGACUUCCAGAAGUACGGGCGCUAAAAUCUCGGAAUUCAAAAAUCCAUUCCCCAGGAGUACCAUUUACCUAAUCUUU